UAUCGAUACCUUUUGUCGCAUCGGAAUCUCGAAAACGCAAAUUUUACCAAUUCUAUUAAUUUGUUUAAAUCCAGGCGUGUUUUGAUGGCUUUUCCAACAUCUAGUGCGCAACAAGAACUAACCAAUCGCAAAAUACUGGAAGAAAUACAGACAAAGAAGCAACUACUCAUUGGAGGACUCGGUACUGGGCUGAAUCAGAUGCCCUCGCCGCAGCUGCUUGGCCAGCCGACUGUUUGCGCAGAGUUUCCGCAGAGCAUUUGUGUUACGUCUAGUGCUAUAGGCACGCUCAGCGCGCCCAGAACUGCAUUUAAUCCCACGAGCUCCACAACACUUGGCUUCUUCAUCCCACAGGACUCAUAUUUCGGCAAUAGCUUUAUACCUGUGCUACCGCGCUUAGAGCCAUUACCAACGACGCCAGCGCCUAGCAAUAAAUAGCAUCACAAGUAUUAAAUCA